AUGGGUUCUGAUGAUUACACUAUAAAAAUCUGGUCCAUCAAAGGUUCGAGAAGUGCAUCAGCCUGUACUUUACGGCACACUCUUCGAGGUCAUGUUGCAGAAAUAAUUGAGCUUGCCAUAUCUGCAGAUAAUCACUUACUAGCCUCAAUCGAUUCAAAUUGUUGUUUAGUCGUAUGGUGCUUACAAACUGGUCAACCAGUAGUAUCUGUACGCGGUUCACGUAAUAACCGGGUGUUAUCUGGUCUUGGUUUUCUUACUGUACCAAAAGUGGUGCUUUCUAAAGAUGAAGUUUUAUCUGAUUCCGGUGAGCGUAAGCAUCCUUCUGGUAUGCUUAUAGUAUCAUCGUUUGGUGGCUUUCUGCACAUAAUACCAUAUAUUCACACUGUUCGCUGUAAUUAUCAUUAUCGUCAUUAUCAUUCUGGUGAUGAGUUUGGUAGUGCAACGAACAGUACUGAAAACAGAUGGAUAUGUUGUACUGUUGAAUUACUUCCAGCAAUUCGUUUCACAACAGCGUCUGAAGGUACUCCAAAUGUAUUUUGGCCAUCCAUUGCGUGUAUUGACAUUAGUCCCGGUGGACUUUUAGUGGCAGCUGGUUGUUCAGAUCAGAAUAUCCGUUUGUAUCAAUUCACGAAUCCAUUGAAACCAGAACCAGCUGGUAUACUGGCUGCUCAUGAGGAAAGUGUCAACAGUGUAGCAUUUAGUCAUUGUGGACUAAAAUUAGCUACUGGCAGUUCAGUUGGUGCAAGUUGUUGUUUAUGGAGACUUCAAGCUGGUCAAUGGAGAAGUAUGAAGUUACAAUUUGGUAAAAGAGUGAAAUGUCGUCCGUGUUUAUUAGUCUGGUCUAUACACGAUCAAUAUUUAAUCGCUUCCAUGAAGAACGGAUCUGUUUAUAUCUAUUUUGGACAUAGUGGACAAUUGGUCACAGUGAUUGAUGGACAUGAAGGCGCCAUUCAUGCUGUCUCUCCAUCACCAUUCGAUGAAAAUAUUUUAGCCACAGGUGGAGUUGACGGUCGUUUUCAACUCUGGAAUAUCUCAAAUCUUCGACGUUAUGAACAACAGCACAAAAAACAGUAUGAUGAAGAGAAUCAUCUAUUUGAUGAAACUGGUCAUGCAUCAUCGACAGAACAGCCUCUCCUGUUUCAUCAUCGUUUCCCUCCUAGUGAAUUGGAUGUUACACAAGGCUUAGUAUGGCGUUUUAACGAUCCAACAGAUGAUCAACCGAUAUGGCCUCGUCGAAUCCCGAAUCCUUUCAUUCGUAGAAAUACGCGUGAACAGUCGAUGGUGGUGGCUGUAGAUCAGACGACGAAUUCGACAAGUGAGAAUAUCACUGGUACUGCUAGCGGUAGUACUACUAAUACGUCUAAUCAUUCAUCAUCCCUUCGUACACUGACAGAAUCUCGUUCUACUUCGGGAACAAGAGGAGGUGGUGGUGGUGCAACAAAUAGUAGUAAUACAAAAUUACAACGAAUAACCGCCUGCCGUGUAUUACCUACAGCUGAAGGUGUUGGAUUCCUUGUGGUGACAAAGAGUGGUGUCAUGUCAUUAUUUUCUCCAUCAGAAGAAUCUACAUCUUACACUCCUCAGUCCAGUAACGUUGAGUCAACACCAUUAGUUGAUGAACAAUUCCUUCACUGGGAAUUGGAUACAGCCGAAUGGAGAGAAGUUGUACCACAGAUGUCUACAAUGCAUAACAACAGUGAUUCCAAUCUACUUCGUAUAUAUGAGAAUACAUUACACGUAUUAGGAAGUCCUCCAGCACAACAAACUAUCUCUCCAGUGUCAAAUACGCGAGUUAAUUCAUCACGAAGAAGGUUACAGAACAAUAGUAUCAAUAAUAAUAAUAAUAAUAAUAAUAAUAAUAAUAAUAAUAAUAAUAAUAAUAAUAACAAUAAUAAUAUUGACUUCAAUAAUAAUAAUAAUAAUAACAGAAUAUCAGAUCCAUCUGAUGUCAACAAUAGUGUUCGUUAUACACCUCCACCUUGUGUCCUGUACGAGAUUGUACAUGCUCCAAGCGGUGUACCAUUUCAUCGAUUACCACCAGGUUAUUUAACAAAUUUCAGAGGAUUUCCAUAUCCAUCUAGACGUCAAAAACAAAUACCAGGUCGUAGUCAUUUAGUAGAACCUCUGGAUUUAUUGCCAUCAGUUACAUUAGAUGAAGAAACUGAUGAAGAUAUCGUUGUGGAUGAUAUUCAAUUUUGUUCAAAUAUUCCACCAGAUUAUUGUCCAUUACCACAAUUAUCAAAUAAUGAACCAGUACAUGGUAAAACGUAUUUAUGGUGUUCCCCGUGGUUAACUAAUCAAACACCAUUAAUCGAGUCAUUUGAAGGAGAAGAGUUGAAUUUAAAAAUUGCUGAACAAAAUCGGAAAUAUGAAGAGGAGAAAAGUUUCUUUUGUGCUGGUGGUGAACCUGUUGUAUCUUUUGGCGAUGACUUUACUGCAUCAAAGAAUUCAAAUGAACAAAUCAUUAUUAUGCAACCUGAAGGGAAUUGUUUCCACCAAUCACAAAAAUUACAAUCACAGGAAUUACUUUCUCCAAUAUCAUCAAAAACAUCAAAAUCGAAAAUAAAUUCUUGUGAUAUACUAAAACAUGAUGAAAUGUCUGGCGAUGAGAAGAAAAUGGCAGAUGAAAAUGUAUCAGUGACAACCGCCAUCACAAAUAUCAGUUCAGAACAAAUUGAUAGUAAAGAUUCAGGAAAUACUCUUCGUGUGUCUACCAGAUCUUCAACAUUACCACAAGUUAAUGCUAGUCAACCUUCAGUUUCUCUUACAAUACCAACAGAUGAUCAAGAUGAUGCUGAAGGUCAAGAUGAUUCUUCUGAGGAAUCUGAAUGGUCAGCACACAUUGAUGUUGAUAUCGGAUGGUGGAGAAGACAACGUCGUCGAAGAACUCGACGUCAGGUUGCAAUGAUGAAUGGAGCUGAUAUAUCUGCUUCAAAUGAUGCUGACCAGAUAAAUUCUAAUGAUUUAGACAGUCUAGAAAUGGAACUUGAUCAAGAUGAUACCAAUAUGGAAAUGAUAUCUUAUGAUGAUAUUGGUGAUGCAUCUCUUUCCUCUGGUUAUACAGAAACUAAUCAAAGUGGAUCGAAUAUGGAAGGGAAUGUUCGACGUUCCCUGCGUCAACAACGUCGUCUCCUCUUGAAGAGAAGACUUCUACGAGAGGCGAAAAGAGCUGAAGCAAGAGCUAAAAAGGCGGAAAUUGAAAGGAGAUGUUCAUCGGCACGUCGUUCUCGUCGAUUUCUACGUCUAUCUAAUGAUGAUAGUAGUAGAAUAGAUGAAGAUUCUACGAGUCGUGAUACAUGUAUGCCUGAAUCUUCUAGUCGUCAAUCCUGCAAGUCAGCGCAAGUGACUGAAACUGUAAAGAAUGAGGCUUUAUUGUCGAGAAGAGAACGUCUUAAACGCCGUCUAGUUCGUAGUGUUGAUUACGCUGUCAUGACAGGUAGUCGACUACCGUUAUCUAGAAUUCCAUUAGACUGUUACAUCUCUCCUAACUGUGAAGGCGAAGAAGAAGGAGUCAGUGAAAACAAUUUUAUUCUACCGUAUACAAAUAUCAUUCGUUGGCGUGGUCCUUACUUCGAUUGGUUAUCAACGUUGGCGCCUGCUGCUUCACCGUAUCUACCACAAGCGGGUGAUCGUGUUGUCUACCUAUAUCGUGGUCAUCAAGAUUAUUUAUCUAAAGCCUGGGAAUGUGGAAGUCUACCGUUGAUGGAAGGCUUAGGAGGCAAAGAGGGAAAUAAUAGGUCAUCGCCACAACAACAGUCACCUUGGAUAGUUUGGCCUGGUAUACCUCAAUUCUUAUGUUGUACUGUCGUCAAAAUCACUUACCAUAUUGUACGUAUUGCUGGUAGUCAGUCGCAUUCAUCACGUUCAAAUGUACGUUACAAGAAGACAAGAAAACAUUCCUAUACUACAAAGUGUCUUCGACAAUCACAACAAUUAGUUAAUCUAAAGGAUUUAAAUUCCACCUGCCAUGAUGAAGACCAGAAAUUUCCAUUGUGCUCCUCCGCCUCCUCGACGUCAUCGUCAUCAUCAUCAUCCUCAUCAGCGAAUUCUUCAGCAUCAAUGAAAAAUAGUGAAUGUCCAGUAGUCGCAUCGACCAGUUUCACUAAUACACGUACACACUCACCUUUGCCAACUUCAUCAUCCUAUGACAGUGGGGAUAGUUUUGUUCGACUGAUCACUUUACACCUGGAAAUUGAACAAGAGCAACCUUAUAAGAAUUUAAAGUAUUAUAAUAAUAAUAAUAGUAAUAAUAAUAAUACUGGCUCCAGUGAUGGAUAUUAUUCUUACAACUGUAAAGAACAACAGCAGCAGCAGCCUACAACCAUCUAUGUCACUUAUCAUGAUGUUGAUGGAAUUUUAGAAUUUAUUUUUCUUCGUCGGAUAUUUGAUGCAGCUUUGAAAAGAAAAUGGAAACCAGGUAGGGAGUUGGAAGAGGCUGCUACAGCUCAGCUGUUGGCAGUGAAGACAGAGGACAGGAGACAAGCAGAGGCGAAAAUUCUGCAGUUCCGUUCUCUUGCUGAGCCUUAUGAACUGUGUACACUUAUUUUAUCUCGUUCUACCAAUGACUGUCUUCUGUAUGAAGCUGGUCGUUGCUUGUCGCAUGCAGUCGUUCGUGAAUGGAAUUCAAUUUUCGCAUCUUCAUGGGAGAAUACAGAGAACUGCAAAGCAUUACAACUUCUUACUAUUAUAUUAGAAUGGUCACAAAAUCGAGGAUUUGAGUGUGGUCCUGCAGCUCGUCAACGGAUAUUGAGUGCAGCUGGAACCCUGGUUAAAAGAGCUUCAGCAGCGAAUGCUGAAAAGAUAGCCGCCGCCUGGCGAUUGUCAAAGUCUGAUGUAACUUUCCCACAGAAAUUUCGUCUAUCAUCUCGAAUUCUUACCACACCACCAGAUGAUCCGGGACCAGCGUGUUGGUUAAUGCUGAAAUUAAUCGAAUAUGUAGAAGAUUUACUUCAACCGCUUACACAAUCCGAUAUAUCUGCUAUUAAUAAUGAUCAGGAUCCUGUUCUUAAACGAGGAUUGUUAGGUUUAUUCAUCUUAUCUGCACUACUGGAUGAAUUCUCUUAUUCUGAAGACAGUGCCCAAUUAAAUUUACCAUUGGAAGCGCAUAUUUUCCUACGGGCCAGAUUUCAGGAUUAUGAACUUCCUCGAUUGUUUGAAAAUUUGCUUUGUCUUGCCAAUCAACUCCUGUUGUAUUGGUCUUCAUUGGAUUGUUCACAACUGAGUAAUGGACAAAGUGAAGUUGUAUUCCGAGUUAUCAACGCUUUGGAUAUGAUUACAAGUUGGGAUUUUUUACCUCGUGAACUUGUUGGCUUUCAUGCUAGUCGAAUACGACGUACUGAUCAUGAAACUCGUUUUCGGCCUAGUUCUAAGUGGCAUCAUGUUAUGGGAUCCGAUGUAUUUCCACGGACUUUAUUACUUUUUAUUAAGUUACAUACAUGGGUUCGUGGUUCAGAUCUCCUCGGUUCACGUACAUUAUCUUGCUUGGUACGCUUUUCUUCAAUGUCUGGUCCUCUUAUCGAUCCAAUCUCUUCAUCGCUGACCUGUUUAAGCAGUAAUGGGAUUAUGUCCUCCUGUUUUGAUCAAAAUCAGUCCUUGUGCUCAUCAAGUACACUGCAUUUUCUCAUACUUAUUGAACAUAUGAAUCGAUGGUUAAAUGAUGGAAGUACUGGAAGUGACAAUCAUCAACAAGACAAGGAUUUGACUCAAACAUCAAUUGAACAACUCAUUAAUCAAGCCCCGGUUGGACUACGUGAUGAAAUAAUCAAUCGUAUCGUUGGAGUUGGUUUAGUUAUUCCAAGUAUAAAAUUAGAAAAUCUAAUUCCUUAUGAAUUGCCUAUCCUAUCUGAGUUCAUACUGAAUCUAGUGUUGAAUAGUUCACGUGCAUGGGAACCAGUCGAGCGUGUCUUGUCACUGCCAAAACUUAGUUCACAGGAGACUGUCAGCAAAGAGACAUGUCAGUCAGUAUUUCAUAUGGGAUUGAUUUGUCUAUGGAUAAUGAACAAGUUUCUUGCGAUUCUUUCUUCUCUAUUAAAACAAUGUAUGCGUCUAAUGGCAUCCAGUUCUACAGAAAUCGAUGGUGAUGGCCAAUUAGCUCAUGAAGCUGUUGAACGUCUUUUCAACUGUUGGAGUGAUCUUGUCGACUUGAUCCCUUCAUCAUUGAGUGAUAUGUCAUUUGUUGGUGGUAAACAAAAUAAUGCCGUAACCGAAUGUGAUUCAGACGAUGAUUCACCUUUACCACUGACAACUGGUCAAGUACAAAAUGCUGAUCAAUUAGUUCAACAAAUGAAGAAACUUCUCAGAAUGUUAAGAAGAAGUAAUUCUAUUCGACAGUCUCAAUUGUUUCAAAUUUAUCUUGCCUCAAAAUUGGCUCAACCUGUUGGUUUACGUCGAAUGAUUAAAAAUGAUGAUAAUAAUGAAGAAAUUGAUCUUGAAUUAGAUGAAGAUGAUUUGACUGCAUCAGAAGAUAGUCUAUUUGCUGUUGGCGCAUGUGGUUUAUCAUCUGUUGAAGAAUCUGUCAAUACACUUGUUCACUUAUUAAAUGAACGUGUUACACAGUUAAUGCUGCAUACACAAGACAGAGACAGUGAAGUAACAGUCAAUUUGUUAGAAGAUGUUCAUUGGCUUUUAUUAAUUACAGGACAUUUCUUAGUAUCUGGUCCAGCUUCAUUGACAAGUGUACUACGAACAAAUUGUCCAUGGGAAACACAAUUUUCAAUUCCCCAGCAACUCUUAUAUCUAGGUUCUAAUGCUACUGUUGAUUUGGUGAAUAGUCGUCGCCUAAUACUGAUGUCUGUUGUUCAAACUAUUGACUUGAAAAGUAAUUGGCCUCCGGAAAAUUUAUCGUAUACACAUGUUCCUUCGCUUGUGAUUUUAUUAUGUUCCCUAUUUCGUUUGCUAUGGUUACAAGUAAUGUAUUCUGUGGGAAGUGCUCAAUUAGUUGCAGACAAUUUCUGGUUAAUGACUCGUGUUGCUGUCGCAUAUUUUUGUCAACAUGUUGUCGAUCGGCAUACAUUAAACUCCAACAUUUCUCGAUCACCAAUUCUAAGUAUACUACAGUCGGAUUCAACACAACCGCCAGCAGCUCAUCAAGGUUUAUUAUCAAAUCAAGAAAACAACCAGCUAUCUGAUGGAAAAGAAAAUCUUUCACCAGAAAAUUGUUGUCAUGAUACCAAUAAAGCUUGUAUUCAAGGUCUUUUAAUGUGUGCUCGUAUAGCACUAGAUAUGUGGUCACAUGAACCUCAAGUUCUCACGGCUUUGACAAGAUUGUUAAAUGUUCUCAGUAUGCAUUCACCUGAUGCAUCAUCAACCUUAGCCUGUUCAGCAUGGUACGAAUUAUGCACGAUUGUCUGUGGUCCUCAGGCUUCAGAACAAACAUGGCCUAAUCUACCAGCAGACAGUCUUAUCCAGUUAGUUGAAGCCUGCUUAUGUGGUAGUUGGGCAAUUGAUAAAGCUCGUCUUUCUUCAGCAUUAUCCCACAAUCAAACUUGUGAAGAAAUGGACACGCUGCUACUGCAGUUACUUCGUGAAAUUCGACAACAAGUUCUUCGUGUAGUCAAUAUUCUCUCAGGGGAUGGUGUUACAUUUGGUUCAGUUCAAAAUGCUGUGGCUAUUGAUGUAUUAGUGAAUUGUACUACAGUUCUACGAGGUGUAUCACGUGCAACUGGAACAGUGGCAUCGAGUAGUGAAUCUGUUACAGACUUGAUUUCUUUAGUUUGGAAUGGUCUUUUAGCUCCAUUCCUUUCAAGUAGUGCAAGUUAUUUAGUUUUGAAAUGUCAUAAUUAUUCCGAAGCUGUACAAGCUUUAUUCUCAUUAUUCGCUGAUGUCGCUGAUUCCUGUUUAAUAUAUUUGGCUAAUCUACCAUCCUCGUCAUCAACUUCAACUGAUGGACCAUCAUCAUCAUCAUUGUUGCAAGGAGAUAAAUCCAUGAAUGGCGGGAGCAACGGCAAUGGUGUUGUGUGUGUGUCUAGUGCAUUUCUCAACUGGAUUGUUAUCCUGUGUAAACAUUAUGCUAAAAACACAGAAGGUAAACUGAAUUUCGAUGCAACUGCUGAAGAUGAUCAAAUUCAAGAACUUCGCCUACUCUUAAAUCUUUUAAAUCGUGUACUUUAUCAUGAAUUUGAAUUGAAAUUAAGCGGAGCUAUCUACGUGGUGGUAUCCGGUGGUGGUGUGAAUGAUAAGUUUCUUGUCCAACCGAAUUCUGAUAGUGCUGAAGAGGUAACUGGGAAUUCUGUGCCGACAAUUGAUGCAGCAGUAAUUGGUCUAGGGCAUUUAUUACCCCUUAUCACGGAAUCUAUAUUGGCGAUCCCAGAAUUGUGUCAAGCAUUUUAUUCCCUGGCAUCUUACACAUGUGAAUUACGUGCUCAAGGUUUUGUCGGGCUUACAGAUCACCAACUCUCAUGUUUCGGACGCCUUUUACGAUUUGGAAUAUUCGGUGAGAAUAUUAUCCAACCAUCUAGGCGAGUGAAACCUUCAUCUACAACAGUUGGCUCGUCAUCAUCAGGAUUAUCAUCGUCAGCUCCAGCAGGAUGUGUAGAUAAUUUAGUGAUACAACAAUGUCUAGAAAUUGUGAUUUCAUUCACGGAUCAUUUUCUGGAGGUUAGAACUCGCACUCAACUGUGUAUGACAGAAGAAUUGCAAGCUGCUCUGCGUAUAAUCAGUAUUAUUGGUUUGGAUACACAAUUUCUCUCUGAUCUGUUCAAUUUACUAACAAGAGAAAGUUAUUCAGUUAGCUUGGAAGCUGCAUUUUCAUCAGCACUGCUUAAUCUAAUCCAUAUUAAUCCGACUGCCUACUCACAACUUAUUCAUCAAUGGAUUAGUGAAUGUGGCAAUCCAGUUAUCCAAUCUCGUUUAAGCGAUGCUUUUGAACAUUUAGGCGGUAGUUGUAAAACUGGUGAAGAUGAAGGCCAAGUCGACCAAUCAAAGUCUCCUGAUCACAUACUUAGUAACAAUAAUAUUAAUAAUAACAGCAACAACACCACAACAAGUACAUAGCAUGUUUCACGGAGAAUAAACCAACUCGUUCAGCUAGAUCAGAUUUUCAACAACGAUUUCAUUUGUUUGUCGCUGAAAUCCGUUCAUUCAUAUGUUUUGGAUAACUCAUAUUUGUUUGUUUGUGUGUGUGGGUGUGUACAUUCUGUCAAUGAUGUUUUAUUCUCUUUCUGUAUAUGUUUGCAUGUUUAUGCAUGAUGUUCCAUUCCUUCCAGGGUGUUGGUUGUUAAGGUAUACCAAAAGAAAAAAGAAACACAAAUAACAAAAUGAAGGUGUAUACAACUAACUAACUAACUAACUCUCUUCUUGUAACUUGCUUGCUUGCUUAACGAUUUUAAUUUUACACUCAUCUCUGCUUUGUUUGUUACUCUUCUAGAAUGGUUGAGAUUAUUUGUACAUAUUUAUUAGAUUUUUUUUUAAAAAUUAUUAUUAUUAUUAUAAUGAUUUUUAUUGAAAUUAAUCGUUUACUCAGCUCAGCUCAUCUCAUCUUAUUUUGUCUCCCUAAGGAAUUACGUC